AUAAUUUAAUGAUACUUAUUUCAUUUAGGAUUUAAGACUAUUUGCAAAGUUACUAAAAAAAUAUUAAUCAGUAUUCGUGAAUAUACCAUUUCAUUUUUGUAAUUUGGUAACACUGAGGUCCCUACUAUAAAAACACGAUUUCAAUAUCUCAGAAUAAUAAAUAUUAAGAAGUAAUUAUAAUAAGAAUGUGUGAAUAAUUGUUUAACAGAAUGACGGGCCAAGAUAUAACUGAUCUUAAUAAAUCUUGUUUGCGUGAAAAUUUAAUAAAAGCGGCUGUACAAUUUUUUCAACAUCCUGAAGUGUCAAGAGCUCCAUUAAGUAAAAAACAGGAGUUUCUUAAAAGAAAGGGCUUGUCUGAAGAAGAAAUAAAAAAAGCUUGCGAAUUAGCUGGUGUUGAUAUUAAUGAACAAAGAAGAUUUGAUAAUCAAAAUGAAUAUACAGCGAUAUCGAUACCAGAAAGAUCUCAUUACCCGUACUUACAUGUACAAUCAUAUCAAUUGACGUUGUUACAAAAAAUUAAAGAAUUUUUUAACGUCACUGCUGUGAUCGGAGCUACGCUUUAUUGUGUUUAUUGGUUUUAUAAGGAAUUUAUUGAACCAUUUUUAUUCGGGCGUAAGAAAAAAAAUAGCAUAACCGAUACUGUUACCGAAUUGGAUAUGGCUAUACAAAGUUCUAUUAAAGAAAUGAAAGAUUCUAUUUCUAAGGUAGAGGUUGAUGUAAAAAGAUUAUCGCAAAACCAAUCAAUUGAUAUAGCAAUUCCACAGCUCGUACAAGAACUUAAACAAGAGCUAUCUAGUCUGAAAGCGCUUCUUCUUUCGAGAAAACAGUUUCCCAGUGCUCCAGCAUCUAUUCCGUCAUGGCAAUUAAGUACAAGUACUGUUCAAGAAAAAACAACGGAAAGAGAAGACGAUGCUGGAAGUGGAAGUAGCACUAAUAAUUCAGAUAGUUCUUUGGAAAUUGUACGAGACGAACCACCUAAAGAUUAAAAUAUGAACAAAGAUAUUA